UCGCUCCGUGGGUCCACAGACGUGGACCUCACUUUAGAGCCGGCCAUUUCAUCACACUUGUACUUUUCUAGUCAUUCAAACUUGAUUUCCACAUCUGUGGACCUUGUAGUUCACAUUUCUGCCACUUGGAACGAUCUUUUUCACUCCAUUCACCAGCUGUUUACAUUCUAGCAUUUUGUCUGUUAGUGAUGGCCGACUUCUACUGACUUUGCACAGGUAAAUAUUUGUUUAUUAAUACUAUUGUUGAUAGAUAAAGCUGUUAUAUUUUUUUAUGUUGAAUGAAGUGUUGUAGAAUGCAUAUGUCAUUUUAUUGGUGUAAAAUAAUUCAAAUUAAAUUGUCUAUUAGUGCCUGAAAUUGAGGUCCACAACUGUGGACUUCAGGUCUGUAGGCCUACUAUUAUGAAUGUAAUAGGUUAUGAAUCCUAUCAUAUUUUUAGUCCAAAAUAAACAUCAAAACUAUAUGUGUUGAAUUUAGAUGGCUUGAAUUCAUAAAUAAAAUUAUUUUAUUACAUUACAUAUUAACCUAUUACAUAGGUUAUGUUGUUAUUAUGAAUUUAAUGGGUUAUGUUCUUUGUCACAGAAACGCUAAGGAAAUGGAGUUUCUAAAUGACGACGCAAUUGUUAGACUUCUGGAAGAUAGCGAUGCUGAUCUAUCAGAUGGAGAUUAUGUGGAUAUUGAGAUAGGAUUAGACGAUGAAUUCGAGCUAGAGCCAUUUGAUGAGGAAGUGGAAAUUCCUCCAGCAGCUGCCAGUAAAACUUCUACUGAGGAGGGUACUGAUCUUACAUCAAGCAAGACUGAAAAUCUUCCUCAUCCUCCAGAAGCAAGGGAGAAAAAAUGGAAAAAUAAAAGAAUGGAGCAAAGAGACCUUCCCAUUGAUGAGAAUUUGGAAGCAAACUAUGAGGAUGAGAAGGGCCCACUCACUGGAAGCAUUUUUCGAAUAUCUUCCUAUUGAGCUCUGGCAGAAUAUUGCAGAAAACACAUGCCUCUACUCUGUACAAAAGAGAGACAUGCGAUCAGUGAAAACAACGACCGAGGAACAGAUACAUUUGGCAGGAAUCCAUUUAGUCAUGAGUUGUCUUUGUUACCCUCAAAUAAAAAUGUAUUGGCAGAAAGACUUUCUUGUACCAAUAAUUAGUGAAUGCAUGAGUGAGGAUCGAUUUUUUGAACUUAGGAGAUAUCUACAUUUUGUUGAUAAUGAAGCCCCACAUGAUGGUAAUGACAGAUUGUGGAAAGUAAAACCCAUCUUGGAUGCAGUGAAAUCCAAGUUGGAUACUCUGCCUCGAUCUGCUCAUCUGUCUUUGGAUGAGCAGAUGAUCCCAUUUUCAGGGAAAUGCAUGAUGAGGCAGUGUGUCCCUUCCAAGCCC